AUGGGUUCCUGGGGUGAUGAGGCACGGGGCUGGGGUCACAGAAGUGGGUUUGGAAAUUUUCGAAGAGGGAACAGUUGGGGUGGAGGAAGACGAGGAGGUUCUGGUAAGGACAGGGCAGACAGAAGAAUAUGUCGACAUUUUCAACAGACUGGCUCCUGCCGGUUUGGCUCAUCGUGCGAAUUCUCCCAUGACCUUCCUUCAGAGGGUGGUGGCAGCCUGCGGGAAUCGAAACAACCAUCACCAAGAUUUGAGACAUCUGAACAACGGCGAGCCAAAGCGGACUACAAUUCGUGGAAAAAGAUUAUCAAAGAAGAGCCUAGGACUGAAGAUACAAUGACCAUGGAACAAUUAUGGAAGGGAGCACUUGCGAUCUUAAAUGACGGUAGCCGGGAAUGGAAACAGAGACUACCAAGAGAUCUUGACGACGAACAGUACUUUGGUCGCGAGCACAUCAAGACAUUACUGGCCAUGCGUGCAACAUUUUACAGUCGAGACAUAUUCAUUCGAAUUGUUCAUCCUUUCCUCUUGGUCAUAACGCAUUCCUCCAUGUUAGACUGCCUCUCUGUUGACACUUCCGUGGGAGGAUUAUACAACUUCAUUGGUGGCACCAAUGGUACUCGCGCAGUUCCGUUCUUCCAGCAUGUCUGUGACACUCUCGUCAGCACCAGUGUUGACGAGAGCUUCUUGGCCACUGCCGCCAUGCUCGGGACAACGCUGAUAGGGGUAACAACCACACUACGCGAGCUUCUUAGGAGGGAGCCAAGAACCAGGUUUAACGAUGACCUUCCAGCUCUUGCCGACUUUGUGGAGAACGCGAUACAGGUGAUCACUGGGGUCUCACAAUCUCAAAUGGCCAUGAUCGUCCUCGGUCACAUUAACGAGAUACGAGCAAUGGUGGCUCGUGCAAAGGGAAUGUUACUAAAUGAUGGAGAACAGGAGGAGCUGCCUAGCACAACGACUGGAUCAAGCUAUCCUCGCUCUAUAACAAUGCCUCGAGAUCGACAUGACAACGAUAAAGCAGAUAUUACGAGAAUGAAGAUCUUCCCCACCAAUGAGGAGAUCAUAAGCGACGAGCCAGAUUUCUUGCCAUCGACCGAUCUUGACCAGCCUCACUUUCUCACCGACCAAGCUGAGCGUCAUAUCGACACGCACUUCCGCCUGCUUCGUCACGACACAUUUGGCGAACUGAAAAACCUUCUUGGAGGUCUGAUGCAUGCUGUGAAGAAUGAUCCCCUCAAUCCUAAAUUUAAUUUCGGCAAUUUUCGAGCCAACCAGUACACAAAUGCUCUCAUCAGUUACGUAUCUUUCGACAGCCGCCCAGGCCUUGAGUUUAACAUUUCAUUUGCGCAACCAUCCCUUGUACGUAAGAAGCCGACCUCGGAAAGGCAGAGAUGGUGGGAAGAGUCCAAAAGGCUCAGCGAGGGCACCCUCCUGUCCUUCAUUUCGAUUCAACAAGGCGAGAUUCGACAUCUUUUCUUCACGGUGAGCGACAAGAAUACAGACGCAGGCAAGGACCAUGGUCUCACCAAAAGAGAACACCAAGGAACCAUUACUGCCAGAUUGGCUAAUCAAGAUGAAGUAAAUGUGCAGAGCGCCGUUGGCCUUAGCUACCAAAAGGUGCGCGGGACACUGAUAGAGUACCCUGGUAUUUUGCCUGCCACUUUCAUACCCAUACUCGAAAACCUGCAGGACAUGCAGCGAUUGAGCCGGUUGCCUUUCCGCCAGUGGAUCAUUCCGGACAAGGUUGAUAAUGAGCAGGCCGCUGCGAAGAUGGAUAUUACCCCACCACUUUAUGCUCAAGAAGCCGGUUUCGAAUUUUCGUUGGAGCCACUUCUCAAGUCGAACCCGCUAUUCGUUGGGGGUGUUUAUAUCAGCCCGGCUUCGUUAUCAAGCCAGGCAACUGUCAUUGACGAGAUGGAGGCACGAACUGAUCUGGACCGCGGCCAGUGCAAGGGAUUAUUUGCGGCACUGACCCGGGAGUAUGCUUUCAUACAAGGUCCGCCGGGGACCGGAAAGACCUAUCUUGGUAUCCAAUUGAUGAAAGUCCUGAUGCAUUACCAGUUCCUGGAGCAUCUGCUUGCAGUUGGCAUCAAUAAAAUUAUUCGCAUUGGAGGCCAAAGUCAAUCUACCCUGCUGGAAGGCCAUAAUCUUCGAAAUGUAUCUCAAACAGAGACGAAGACUGCGAACGAGAAUUUUCUUCUCGCUUUACAGUACGAGUCUCUGGGCGAGGAAACAAAAAGUAUCAAAGGAGACCUGGAAAGAAUUCAUAGAGUGCCCGAGCGCGAGAGCUGGCCACGCUUUCGACAUCACCUCCAGCGGCAAUAUCCCCGAAUCUACGCUCAAUUUCGCCAGAUUGAUGAAAAAGGGUAUAAGAGCGUUGGUAGGCAUCCCUUUGAACGUUGGGCGGCAGCAGGGCAUUCUUUCGAGGUGCCACUAGGCACGGGCGGAGACAAGUUGACGAUGGCACGCGAGCCCGUUGACGGUUUUCUGCUUCAAAAGGCAGAGGAAAACGUUUACUUAUUAUCACAAGAAGAAACAAGAAAGCUUGUCCGAAUGUGGACCCAAGAGAUUCAAGACUAUGCGUUGAAUGACUUAUUCGAAAGAGUGAAGCGGACUGGUGAUCACCAACAAGAGAUAAAAAUCUUACACGACGAGGUUGAUAGACGGGCCUUGCAGUCUGCAGAUGUUAUCGGCAUCACUACGACGGGCCUAGCCAAGCGAAUCUCCACCUUGAAACGUGUCAGAAGCAAGGUUGUGAUUUGUGAGGAAGCAGGCGAGGUAAUGGAAGCGCACAUGUUAUCAGCGUUGCUCCCAACGGUUGAGCAUUUCAUCCAAAUCGGUGAUCAUGAGCAACUCCGUCCCCAAAUCAACAAUUUUAUCAACCUAUCACUGGAAAGCAGGCAGGGUGGUCUAUAUAAGCUGGACCGCAGCCAAUUCGAAAGACUUUCUGUUGGGGAGUCUGGAAGGUCAAAGAUGCCGGUGGCACAGCUGAAUGUACAGCGGCGAAUGCGUCCUGAGAUCUCAAAACUGAUUCGGGAGACCAUAUACCCCAAGCUAGGUGAUCACCCCUGCACGAUAGAUCUUCCCGACGUUGUUGGUAUGCGAGAGAACGUCUUUUGGCUAGACCACGAUCAUUUAGAACAGGGCCAGCACUCUGAGAUGCAUCACAAGUCACAUUCCAAUGACUGGGAGGUGGAGAUGGUACACGCAUUAGUGCGCCAUAUCGUCCGCCAAGGGACGUAUAAGAGCGGUGACAUUGCUGUCUUGACACCAUAUACCGGCCAGCUUCAGAAGCUUCGCACAGCAAUGCGGAACGACUUUGAGAUUGUACUUAGUGGCCGGGACCAAGAAGCGCUGGAGAAAGACGGAUUUACCGAUAGUAUCAGCGGCAUUGUCAACCGUCCAAUGGACAGUGUUAUGGAACAGGAAUCGGACAGCGAGUCCGAACGAGGUAGAAAGGCGCCUUUGGAGAAGAAGAGGCUCAGUGAACUUUUGCGAAUUGCUACUGUCGAUAACUUCCAGGGUGAAGAGGCCAAGUUAAUCAUUGUGUCUUUAGUCAGGAGUAAUAUCGAGAGAAAAGUGGGGUUUCUAAGGACGACGAACCGAGUCAACGUCCUCCUCAGCCGCGCCCAGUACGGCAUGUAUCUCAUCGGUAAUUCGGAUACUUAUUCGAACAUCCCAAUGUGGCAGAAAGUCAUUGACAUGCUCCGCGCAUCGGACGCAAUUGUGCAAGCUACUCUGCCACGAGGCAUGUGCUCCAUGCAUCGAACAGUGUACAUGGGCUUGCGACCACCAAGGGUCUUGCACUAUGCCCUGUUCCGCUCCAUGUAA